AUGAGAAAAAUAGCUCAGAACGUUGUAUUAUCUGGCAUUUAACCAUCUGGAUUUAUUCAUCUUGGAAAUUAUCUCGGAGCUGUAUAGAACUGGGUUUAACUCUAAAAUCAAACAGAAAUCUAGAAAAGAUACUACUCAGUUGUAGAUUAUCAUUCUUUAACUCAAAAAUAUGUUGGUUUGAAAGACGAUGGAGGAGAGGCAGAAGAAUAAGAGUAAAAGGCAGAUUCUCCCUAGGAGCUUACUCUUAAAACAGCUGCAACUUUAUUAGCAUGUGGAAUUGACCCUAAAAAGAGUACUCUCUUUGUUUAAUCUCACGUCUAAGCUCAUACUGAAAUGAUGUGGUUUUUAUCAUGUCUAACCCCUUAAAGCUGGCUUAAUAAAAUGAUAUAGUAUAAGGAGAAAAAGGGUUCUAAGAGUGAUAAACAAACCAGUCUUUCACUGUAUUCUUAUCCAGUACUAAUGGCCGCAGAUAUUUUAGCAUACAGGGCAAAUUUUGUCCCAGUAGGAGAAGAUUAGACCUAGCAUUUAGAGUUAGCUAAAGAUAUAGCUGAGAGAUUUAAUAAGCUAUUUGCUGAAGACUAGUUAUUUCCUGUACCUGAUAAACUUAGCUAUAAGGAAAGUCCUUGGGUUUAUAAUAGAGUAAUGAGUCUUGUAGAUGCUUCAAAGAAAAUGAGCAAAAGUGACCCACAAAAAAGAUCUUGCAUUAAUCUGAUUGAUGACCCAGAGAUAAUUAGAAUAAAGAUAAGCAGAGCUAAAACUGACUCUUUAGGGAGGAUAAAAUAUGAUCCAGCAAGGCCUGAACUAUUCAAUUUAUUGCAUAUUUAUGCUGCAAUUGAAGGAAAAGAUGUUAAAUAAAUAGAUAAACUCUUUGAAGACGACAAUAUGUUUAGUUUUAAGGAGAAGUUAAGCAACAAACUUAUUGAUAAAAUAUGUCCUAUAGGUGAAUAAGCUUUGAACCUAUGUGCUAAAUAAGAAGAUUACUUACUAGAUGUGCUGGAUUAGGGUGCAAAAGAAGCCAAUAAGGAAGCUGAAUUCACUUUGAAAAUGAUGAAGGAAAAAGUUGGGAUACUAAGAAGAAACAUUUGA